CAGCACUGGCGGCGGCUGCGGCUGCGGCGGCCUUUUAGUCGGCGGCGGCGGCAGCGGCGGGGCCGCGGCUCCUCCCAGCAUCCCUGGCGCGGCCAUUUCAGCCCCAUCUUGGCCGAGAGGAGGGCGCUGCAGCCGCCGCUUCAGCAGUUUGAAUUUCAGUUGCACCGGAGACGAACCGGAGAGACAAACCGCGGUCGCAGCUGCAGCUCCCUCACGCGCCCAGACGCCUAACUGGGGAGGCCGAACCCGCCGCCCGCCCUCCCGCGGGGGUGGCUCCCCGGGAAGGGGAGGACCAAGCCGGCUUUCUCCUCCCCCGGAGUGGGCUUCCGCUGGAGACAGUCGACAUGUCCCUGGGACUGAGCUCCGGCUAGAACCGGGGAGGGACGCCAGCCGCCCCGCGGACCCUCCACCAGCCUGGUCCUCCGCUCGUUCCCUUUUUUUUUUUUCUUUUUUUUGAAGCGUCGGGCGCGGACGCUGAGCCGAGAAACCCAGCAGAACAGCGCCGCCCCUUCGCCCUCCCACUCCCGCCCCCAGCCGGGGCCUGCUGGCCGCGCCGAGCGCCGCGCUGGACUGACCGCGGCGGUCCGGACACGCCGGAGGGAGCCGGCCGCACCCCCCGCACCCCCGCCACCGCGCGCUCCCCGCAGCCGAGGCCACUGCACCGGAGGGCGACUCCGAGGAGGAGCCGCUGAGGGAGGACCGAGCCCGGAGCCCGCCGCUGACGAGGACCCGGGAGGAGGAUGUCUCGGCGAGCGGCCGGCGCCAGGAGCCGCCCGUGACUCUGCCUGUGUUCGCGGCCGGCCGGGACCCCAGCGCGCCCUCGGACUUUGAGUCUUCGGGGACCCGCGCUCGUCUCCCCUUCCAGGUUUCCGGCGGUGCCAUCGCGGAGGGGGCCUGGCGCGCCCACCCGGGCUUCCCGCCGCCGGCUUCACCAUGUCCAAGAUGCCGGCCAAGAAGAAGAGCUGCUUCCAGAUCACCAGUGUCACCACGGCUCAGGUGGCCAGCAGCAUCACCGAGGACACCGAGAGCCUGGACGACCCGGACGAGUCCCGCACCGAGGACGUCUCGUCCGAGAUCUUCGAUGUCUCCCGGGCCACGGAUUACGGCCCCGAGGAGGUGUGCGAGCGCAGCUCCUCCGAAGAGACGCUCAACAACGUGGGGGACGCCGAGACGCCCGGGACCGUGUCCCCAAACCUCGUCCUGGAUGGGCAGCUCGCGGCCGCCGCGGCUCCCGCCAACGGAGGAGGAGCCGUUGCCGCCCGGAGUGUGACCGGGGCUCCGGCAGCGACCCCCUCGGCGGGGCCUCCGCCCGCGGCUCCCCCGGGCGCGGGCUCCUUGGCCGGGCCCGGGCCCGCCGCCCCCGCGCAGCCCCCCACCACUUGUAGCUCCCGCUUCCGCGUGAUCAAGCUGGACCACGGGAGCGGGGAGCCCUACCGGCGGGGCCGAUGGACGUGCAUGGAAUACUACGAGCGGGACUCGGACAGCAGCGUCCUCACCCGCUCCGGCGACUGCAUCCGGCACAGCACCACCCUGGACCAGACUGCCGAGCGGGACAGCGGCCUGGGCGCCACCGGAGGGUCGGUGGUGGUGGUGGUGGCCUCCAUGCAGGGGGCGCACGGGCCCGACUCGGGAAGUGACAGCGCCCCGGCUGCUGCUGUGUCACAGCUACCCCCAUCGGAGAAGAGGAGCCAGCCUGUUCCGGCCGCGCCGCCCGCCUUCGGCCUGGGGCAGCCCCCGCCGCCGCCCGCAGGUGGGGCUGUGGCUCCAGGCCCGGCCUCUCUGCCGCCGCCUUUCCCCGGUGCCACGGCCGCCACGCCGCCCGGCCAGCCCCAAGGCGCCGGGCCCAACGGAGCUGGACUGCCGCCGCCGCCUGUCACCCUGUCGCUGCCCGCCCAGCCCGGCCCGGCCGGGGGCGCCUCGGCGCCGUUCGCCUACCCGCAGCCCGCGAUGCCGCCCGCUCACCUACGGCCCGUCCAGCCCCCCGGCCCGAGCGAGUUCCUGCAGCCGGGCCCCGCGCAGCCCCCGCCCGCUAGCCUCCCCCUGGGCCCCGGCCCGCACGCCGCCGCCGCCGCCGCUCUGGGCUCGCAGCUCCUGGGCGCGGCGCCCCUGCCCGGCGAGGCGGCGGGGGGACCCCCGGCUGCCGUGGGAGGCGGCGCGGGGCUGCUCCCCGCCGGGGCCGGUGUGCCCGGCGUUCCAAACGUGCCUGCCGCGGUGCCCGCCGCCAGCGUGCCUAGUGUGUCGACUACUUGUGUGACUUUGCCAAAUGUCCCCGCGCCGCCGCCGCCGAGCGGCCACCCGCCGGGCAGCAGCAGGAGCGGCGCCGGCCAGCACGUGGGGCUGCCCGCGGGGGCGCCCGGCACGGCUAGCGCACCCGCGAGUCUCCCGCAGGCCGACCCCAGCCAGUUUCAGACUCAGACCCCGCCUCUGGCGGGACCAGUCGACGAUACGAGAAGAAAAUCUGAACCCCUACCUCAACCGCCACUCUCUCUCAUUGCCGAAAGCAAGCCGGUGGUGAAGCCUGUUGCGGACGCCCUGGCCAACCCCCUCCACCUGACACCCAUAAACAGCCUCACCACCUCGGUGUUCAGCAUAGCUAUUCCUGUCGACGGUGAUGAAGACAGGAAUCCUUCAACUGCUUUCUACCAAGCGUUCCAUUUGAACACGUUUCAGGAAUCAAAGAACCUCUGGGAUAGUGCAUCUGGGGGAGGUGGUGUAGCCAUUGACAACAAAAUAGAACAAGCAAUGGAUCUGGUGAAAAGCCAUUUGAUGUAUGCAGUAAGAGAAGAAGUAGAAGUUCUAAAGGAACAAAUAAAAGAAUUAGUUGAAAGAAACUCUUUACUUGAACGAGAAAAUGCACUGUUAAAAUCUCUUUCAAACAAUGAUCAGUUAUCCCAACUCCCAGCCCAACAGGCCAAUCCCAGUAGCACUUCUCAGCAGCAAGCAGUGACAGCACAGCCUCCGCAGCCAGCGCAACCUCCACAGCAGCCGAAUGUCUCCUCAGCAUAAUGCUUUCUUGCCUCAUUAAGAAAAAGAAAACAAACAGCAACAACAACAACAAAAAAAACUGAAAGCAAUCUAUCCUUCUGUGCCACUGGUGUUCUUUCCACUUUAUACGAAAGCUAGUAGCCAUGCUUCGAUUGUGUGUUUGGCCUUUUCAGUAUUAGACAAUCAUUCUACAAGAACUUUCCCUCUGUGAGAUGUCAUGUAGCGCUGUUGAUGUCCAUUUCUCUGUCAUCAGUACACAAGGAGAAUGUUAGAUGGGGUUGAGUAGAGCGAGCAAGUCCGUGUUUCCCCGGUGCGCAUGAGUGGGGUCUUGGAAGAGCUUGGCCGCUCUGCUAUGUUGCCCUUUCCCCAUGGAGUCCCCAAGCCCUCCCAUCACAUUAGAAAUAACAGUUCAUCAAAGAGCCACUUUUCUUUCAAUAUCAGUAACAUUUGCCUAUAUAAGUUUGCAUUUAUUUGUGUUUUAUUUAUUACAGGGCUGCUAUUUUUCAUAAUGAACAAUGUCACAGAACUUUUUUUUUAAUUUUUUUUGAAUAAUUAUCAGUAAAGGAAUUGAAAGACAGGAUUGCAUUGACUAGAGAAAACGUGUAGGCAAUAAUUGAACAAAAGAAUCCUGACCUUAUUUCUAACACUAAUGGCAAUUUACCUUUGGUAUUUAUUUUCAGUAGUAAAGACCCAACUUGAAUGUAAAUUUUGUAUAGUGUAAGUAUGAAGAACUGUAGUGCAACUGUACAGGUAGUCACCAGUUAUUGUGAUAUAAUAAAUAAUUGGGCUAUUUUGAUGAAGAAAUCUUUGUUCAUUUGUUUCUACUUUCUAAUAGAGAAAUUGCCACGAUUCCUCUGCUUUUUGACAUUUUGUAUUACUUUUUUUUUUUUUUUUGAGUGGGAAUAAAAAGCUGUGAAAUUGUUCAACCUACUUUGUAACCAAAGAAGCCAAGCUGUGUAAUGGAGGUUUGUUUUUUUCUUUCUUACUCUCUUCUCUCUCCCUCUCCUUCUUUUAAUAUAUACAAUGCACAUUCUUUAUGUAUUUUUAUUUAGUGUUUUCUCCCAUCACAAUUUUCUUUGCUGUCUAGCAUGAUCUGCAUGACCUAUAAUCUUUGAACCACUUUCGUACCUCAUGUUUUUAUCCAGCACUCUUAGUGUAAUAUGUACUAGUCUGUGAACAUUGUCAAAUAAAAAAAAAAAAAGAACGAACAGGUAGUACGGUGGAGCUGAGCUAGUGUACUCUAUACUAGUUGUAAAAAAAAAAUGAAGUGAGCCAUCUUUUGUUCAUUUAAAAUGGUGUUUUGAAUUUCGUAUGCAGGAAACGUUUUGUUACAUUGCAGAUUUUAAUGUAUUUAAUAAAUUCAACAUGCAGAUUAAGUGCAGUGUAUACUGAGUAUUUAAAUUAAAAUGUACAUUUCAUAAAUACAGUUUGAAGAGAAAGCAUCAUUUUGUGUAUACUAACACAUUAAGUGUAUGUCAGAAAUUGAUGUAUAAAUAUAUAUUUUAACACAUUUUCUGAAAUUAAACUGCAGUUUUGUUGAAA